AUGGCGGAUCAGUUGAGCAAACUCCCUGUCGAGAUCCUCUUUAUCAUUCUCUCAUAUGUUCCAAUUCCUGCAUUGCUUUCAUUUGGUGCAACUUCCAAGUCCAAUUAUGUAUUUCACACGCACUGUAUGAGAAAGCUGCAUCUCGCCAUCUUUCACAAACGAGUUCAUGCGACUGUCGCAUUUCUUAGUACUGGCAUGCAACAUGACCCUAAGACUGCAAAGGGGCAAAGGACAAGCGACAGCCAUAGAGUCCGAGUCGUUCUACCUCCAGCCACACGAUACACGAGCCCCGAGGUGUGCAAGUUGCCCAUGAGGAUCAGCAACCAGUACUACACGGUGACGAAAUACGCAGCACUGAAGCAUACAUCAAGAAAGCGUUGUAGCAUAGUAUCCUCAGAUGAUGUAGGAUUUGUUCAUUCGAUAUCGACGGAGCGGACGAUUCGCGCACAAAACAAAGCAUUCGCCGAUAUAGUCAACCGAUAUGGUCACUCGCUUGACGAACUGGAACUGUUGGCAUAUAACCUCAACGAAGAAGGGGCGAUGGCAAUCGGUACGAGCUGUGGAUCAAAGCUGCGACAUUUAGCUCUUCGUUUCGAGCAUUCCUUUGUGAAAGAUACUUGUCUUCAUCCUACGUAUUGGACGUCGCCUGCUGCAGGUAGCCCGGCAUGGAAUUCUUUGAUUGGAAUUGGUGCUGUCAAGAGGGGGCUGAAUAUAGUUAACCUGGAAAGUCUUAUCCUCGAAAGAGCAGGUAUUACUCCAUGGCAGCUUCGCAUGCUGGUCAAGAGAAACAAAAGCCUAAAGGUGCUGAAGCUCAGAACUUGUGCUGCUGUCCAGCCAGAAUUUGUAAAUUGGCUUGGCGGUAUAUUUGAUACAGAUCGCGAAGACGAGAGAGACAGCAGUGAAAGGAAAAUCCAAGGGGCUUCGCUCAACGUGCUGUGGGUGGAGAAUUGUGAUGGAAUUCGCACAAACAAGUCAAUAGACAAUAUGGAAGGAGGCAAAAGUACUGAUAUAGGCCUCGACUGGAUUCAUAAUCUGAAAUCACUUGAGUCCCUUUCUCUUCGCGAGUGCCGCAAUAUUGAUGCGGAAGUCGUCGCUGAGGCAAACAAGCUGCUCUGGCAUAUACCAGAACUCUACUUGCCUCGCUCAACUGGUCCAAAUCGUGAACUUCCACCCCCCAUUGAAGUUGACCCGCUUUAUCUCUGA